GCUCGUGACAUCGCGGGGAACAGAAAGUUGCGGCACCUCGCAUGGCAACUCCCAAAAUUUCGUCUCGACAUAUCCAGCAAUGAGUAGGAAGGCAGGAGACGCUGAGAAUACGUUCAAGAUGGCAGCCAACAAAUGGUUUACUAUGCUUGGUGAGAGAACAACCCGGAGGUGAUGAACGCCCUGGCGAAGAAACUGGGCCUCUCGGAUGAGCUGACAUUUUACGAUGUCAUCUCGCUCGAUGACCCGGACCUGCUGGACUACAUCCCGCGCCCAGUCUAUGCCUUGCUCACCAUCGUCCCGAUGACGCCGGCAUGGCAGCGGGACCGCGACCUGGAGGAUGAGAAACUCGGCGACCCCAACAGCUAUUACCAUGGCGGAGCGGCCGGUGCCGGAGCAGACGAGCCCAUCAUCUGGUUCAAGCAGAUCAUUCGGGACGCUUGCGGCUCCUACGGGUUCCUGCACUGCGCCAUCAACGGGCCGACCUCAAAGUUCAUCCUGCCCGGAAGCACGCUCGAGCAGUUGCGCAACGAUGCGAUUCCGCUGGCCAACGACGAGAGGGCCCAGAUGCUCUACGACAGCAAGCCCUUCGAGGAGGCCCAUAAGUCCGUCGCUGGCCUGGGAGACACGGCCGAGCCGGCAAUCGGCAGCCGCGAGCACCGCGGCCACUUCAUCGCCUAUGUCAAAGCCAACGGGCAUCUAUGGGAGCUGGAGGGGAGCCGUCAUGGGCCGCUGGACCGAGGCGAGCUUGCAGAGGAUGAGGAUGUGUUGAGUCCAAAGGCGCUGGAGCUUGGCCUGAAGCGCAUCAUCAAGCUGGAGGAGGAUCCUGACAAGCAGGCCGUCCGCUUCAGUUGCAUAGCCCUUGCGCCGAAGGUUGAAUGAGACUCGAAGCUCCGGUAGGAACUCGCCGAUGUGCUCCAACUGAAUAACAAAUCAAUGGCCUGUCGAGCUGCGGAGUGGACAACUCAUAGGGAGCGAGCAUCUUGAUCAACUUCGGCGGAAGAGCGAGAUCGAGGGCCCGAGACACGCCAGAUCCAGCUACUUCGGAAACCGCGCUUAGUUGUUGGGAAUGUA